AGGACAAUGGGCGGCCGUGCGGCCACCGCGGUGGCGCUGCUGGCGAUCAUGCUGGCGAUGCUGGCGGGGGAGACUUACGCGCAAUAUGGCGGUCGCGGCGGAUACUACGAAGACGACGACAUCACAGAUCGUGCGGUGGAGUACUACAUGAUGCAACAGCAGGUCGAGGGAGAGGAGGGGAGGACGAGUGAGGAUUCUGACGGGAGGAUGAAGGCCCAGCAGCAGCGCAUGCAAGAGGAAAUGAUUCGAAGAAAGCAAGAGGAGGCUGAGCUAGCUCGUCAGGAAGCGAUGAGGAGAUCACAGCAAGAGGAGAUGCGGCAGGAAAUGAUGAGACAGGAGGCCAUGCGGCAGGAGGCCAUGCGGCAGGAGGCCAUGAGACAGGAGGCCAUGAGACAGGAGGCCAUGCGGCAGGAGGCCAUGAGACAAGAGGCCAUGCGGCAAGAAGCUGUUCGGCAAGAAGCUAUGCGCCAAGCGAUGCUCGAGGCAGAGGAGGAAGAGAUGCUCAUGCAGCAGCAGGCAUACGCGCAGCAGCAGGCAUACGCGCAGCAACAAGCAUACGCGCAGCAGCAGGCCCAACAGCAGCGAGCGAAGAACAUCCACGAACAGCAGUUCCAACAGGCGCAGCAGAAGCACCAGGCGCAAAACGCGGCAGCUGUUGCUGGCUCCAUGGAUGAUGCAACCACGCUUGCAGAGAAGGGCACGCUCCUGAUGUCAAAGGGACACUACAAGAACGCGCUCGUUACCUAUGACAAGUGCCUGGCGAUCCAACUGAAGCACCUGGGCGACCUUCAUCCCAUAGUCGCUCACACGGUUGACCUCAUGGGCGUCGCUCUCCUGCGCGUGGGAGCAGCUGAGGAGGCGCUGGAAACCUUCGAGAAGGCUGCCUACAUCUAUGAGAAUUCAGGUCAAGGGGUUCACCCGGACCUCGCGCUCACGCUUAUGCACGUGGGUCAAGCCUAUGAGCUCGAAGCUGAGAACGUCCAGCGAGUUGGACCGAAGAAAGAAUGGUUGCGACAGAUCGAAGAGUACUCGAACCAAGCCUACGACUUCUAUGAGAAGGCCCUCGAGAUGUUCCAAGAAAGGGUGGAAGGCAACGAGCCAGACCUCGACGUAGCCAAUGUCGUCCAUGCCAUGGGCAACGUGCAUAACAUUCGCGGCGAAUACAUGGAGGCUCUCCGCAAGUACAAGUACGCGCUCGAACACAAGGAAUGUCACAUGAAGAUUCUCGGGGAAGAUGACCCCUCGGUCGGGUGGACGAAGAACAACAUCGGCAAUGCUUUCAAGGGACUUUAUAAGGUGGACGAGGCGCUCAAGUGGUACAACGAGGCAUUGAGCACUGUCUCGAAGAUAUUCGGACCGGACCACCCGGAGGUCGCACAUGUACACUGGAACAUCGCUCUCUGUUAUCAAACCAAGGGCGAAGUCGACGCAUCCAAGAGGAAGCUCGGAUGGCACAACUCCUGGCCGUUCAAGUUUUUCUCCGCUGCUACCAAGAAGAGGAUUGUUCAUGAAGGCAAGGACUUCGAGGCUAUGGUAAAGCAUCUCAAUCAUGCUUUCGACGUCUUCGUCAAGCGCCUUGGUGAGGAUCAUGUCUCAACCCAGCGCGCCACACAGGCAAUCAUGGCGGUUCGCGAGCUUGUCAGAGACUAGUUCGACCGUUAAUAUCUGUAACCGUUUGAUUCCUAAUUGUGUAACGGUAACCGUUCAAUGUACAACCGUCUGCUGCU